CGCAAACUGAUUGGCGUAAAACUGUCGUGAAAACUCAGUCUACUGCAGUGUUUGUUUGUGGAAGUGUGUUCAGGCUAGUGUGAUAGGAAACAUCUAGCUGGCUAUUAACUACGUCUUCCAUUUUGUUAGCUUCCUCUUUAGCAGGUUGUCGUCAUUAAGACACGUGUUGGCCGCUAGCAAGCUAUGAAGAUGAAGAAGAAACCAAACAUUCUGUUAACAGGAACCCCAGGAGUUGGAAAGACUACUUUAGGAAAGGAGCUUGCCCAGCGGACAGGGCUGAACUAUGUUAACAUCGGAGACUUGGCCCAGGAAGGACAGCUUUACGAUGGCUAUGACGAAGAGUAUCAGUGCCCAAUCUUGGAUGAGGACAGAGUGGUGGAUGAGCUGGAUGAAAAGAUGGUCGAGGGUGGUAUGAUUGUUGACUAUCAUGGCUGUGACCUGUUCCCUGAACGCUGGUUUCACAUCGUCUUCGUCCUACGCACAGACAACACCCAACUGUACACACGACUAGAGAGCAGGGGUUACACAGGGAAGAAGCUGCAGGACAACGUGCAGUGUGAGAUCUUCCAGACCAUCUAUGAGGAGGCCAUGGAGGCCUACAAGGAGGAGAUUGUUCACCAGCUGCCCAGCAACUCUCCUGAGGACCUUGAGUGCAACCUGGAGCAGAUUGUGCAGUGGACUGAGCAGUGGAUGAAGGACCAUAACUAGAAGCUUAACCCUGCCGGCUGUUAUUCAAUUAAAACAUGAAUUGUAGUUAUAUUCCAUUUUGAAUCUAUUAUCACAAAUGUUGUCAUCAUGAAGACUGUUAAAAGUAUGACUUUCUUCAGUGGUCGGUGGCCUGGCUCUAGUUUGCAGGGAGUACUGCUAGGCCUACUUGUUCUCAAAUGGUUGGACUUCAAAUCAGUUGAAGAUGUCUCUUAAACACAGUAACAAACACCAGGACUACCUGAAACCAUCGUAUGAUUUCUAACUACGCGUGUACAAAUUAUUGUCAAGUCAGAGCCCUUGUACUGCUGUACUUUCAUAUUUUUUUAAUAAAUAAAUGACUACUGAGAAACUG